AUCAUGGGAGAUGUAUACUAGACUGUUGCAGCCGGUAGCACAGAGCUAGUGGCAAAAAUGAUGGAAAAUUGAUAAAUUACGGACAUCGAGUGGAUAAAUCUUGGAUGUAAGCGUUUGGAUUUAUUGCUGAACAACUCCGAAAAGAGGCACAAGUUCCAGGCUGGAUAGAAAACCUUCUGCAAAGGCUAUGAAGACAACAAAGACACCCCCGUGAUGGCUAGCUUGUUAGCUUCUAGCUGGAAAAAACGCUCACACAGGUUUAGAGACGGCACAGUUCAACAGUAAGCUGCCAGUGUGAGGAUGGAGAUCUCUGUGAGUUUUAUGCUGUUGCUGCUGCUCGGGGCCGUCGUCCCAAGUGAAAAUGUUGAAAGCCAGCAGCCUUUUCCUCAAGACAUCUACGCUGCACUGAAAGAGAUGACCGCUUCGUUGGUUCAACUGAAGGCGGACAUGACGCUGUUGCAAAGAGAGACUCAAGGUCAAGCACAGCUGAAAGCUGCAGUGAAAAAGCUGAAGCAAGAACAGAAAGAACAAGCAGCACAGCUGAACACUGUUGUGGACAAGCUGAAUCAACAACAGAAAGUCGAACAGGUUGCAUUCUCAGCCUCUCUUCUGGCUGGAGGUAAAUCAGCAACUAUUGGACCCUUUUCCAUGUACACUACCCUGAUCUUCAAACAUGUUGUUACCAACAUCGGAAAUGCCUACAACUCAAACACAGGAGUGUUCACUGCCCCGGUGAGAGGAGCGUACAACUUUGAGUGGUCGAUCGGUACAAAUGGAGACGGCAGCCAUCCUUCAGGUGCUAGCUUGUUCAAGAACUCAGAGAAUGUUUUCAUUGCAUACGAGCAACAGGCGAGCGGUUUUAUGAGUGCUUCUAAAGGCGUUACACUGUUUCUGGAGGUAGAAGAUGUCGUGUCUGUGCGUCUGUGGUCUGGCACUUUGGCGUUUGACAAUGCUAAUCACCACACCACCUUCAGUGGACAUCUGCUGUUCCCCAUGUAGAGACAGAAACAGCAGCUCUGUGAUAGUUUUUUUUUAAACAAGUCUUCAUAGCACUUCAUAGAUUUAAACUGAUUUCAUCUGCAUCCAAAUAAUGAUAAGUAAUAAUUGUAGACAGGAAUUUUCUUUCCUUCAAAUUUUAAAGUGAUUAAUGUUUCUGAGUCUUUCUUGUUUCUGUCAUUUUAAUCAAAUAAACAUAUAUCACUGCAA